AUGUUCCUGAUCAGUGGACACAAACGCCUGACCACAGCUAUCUACGCCCAGAUCCCAGACACAGAGGUGAAAUUCAUUUCUCAGAAUAAAGAGACAAGGGAAGAGGGUGACGAGGACAGUCAGCCAAUCAGAGGAGUGUUUACCAUCAGCCAGAGAGCCGCUGUGCUUCUGCAGGGAGGACAGGCUCUCAUCACCUUUGAGGAGGAGAAAGUGGCUCGCCAGAUCCUGAAAAUUGCCAAGUGCUCUGUGUCCUGUGAGAACAGCAGUUUGGACGUGAAGCCGAGAAGAAUCACCAUGGAUCCUGCUGUGAAGUUUGAGGUAGAUGCUGCAACAGUAUCAUCGGUGAAGUAUGACAAGAACACUGGGACUUGGUGUGUCACAUUUCUCCAACCUGGAGUUACUGAGAGCCUUGUCCUGAGGGGAAGGUACGACGUAGAGCUGGACACUGAAGUGAAGGUGCAGGUUGGACCUAUUUACGAAUACCAGCUGCGCAGAUUUCAGACCUUUUGUGGCUGUCCGAAGCGAACCAUCCUCCUGGAUGACAUUCAGGACAUGGUUGAUGAGGAAGACCUCCAGGACCAUCUGGAAAUCCAUUUUCAGAAGCCCAGCAACAGUGGUGGUGAAAUAGAGAGCAUCAAGUACAUCGCUAAACCGAAAGUCCUGCAGGCCUUUCUCUGUGAGAGCACAGAGGAGAAGGACGACAGUCUGUGAACCACCAUGAACUGCCCUAUAAUACAUAUAGGACAUGUAAGACGAGCUCCACCUGUAUUAAAGUACAUUUCUAAUCAUUUCCAAAUGUCUUGCUCAACCUGAAGUGAUACAUUGUAGAGAUUUCAUU